UGUCGAAGCUUUACGGGUGCUGUAAAUUAAGCCUAACCCUGAAGUGUGCCCUGAGAUAAUUCAGGUAUGCAUAUGAAACACCUGUCUACAGGUACAAGCUACAGGUAAAUCAUUGCAGGGAAACUGAGCUUGAGGGAAACUGACUAGUCAUGUGAGACCAACGACACGACACCAUCCUUGAGGAAAUUCAUUGCUUGGUUAAUUCCAGAUCAAUAAAUUUUGAUCAACACAGUGACAUCUGUUGCCAUGGCUGCUUUGGGUAAUCAAAGUCCUGCAUGACAAUAGUUCCAGACAUGGCUGUCUCUAUACCUAUGUGACAGUGUGUAGGUGUCCAGUGAUCAACACACAGUGGCCCGUGUUGGAGUUGAACAGAGGUGUGCUUGAAGGUCCUUUAUCACAGGCAGUGUGUCACGGUCAUUUCAGUGUUUAACACUCUAUGGUGUGAAGACACAAGUGAUCGUCAGACUUUGUAUCAGGGAUCUUGCAGAUCAAGGGUUAAUGUUGUGCUGUUUUCCUGCUUGAAACAUUGACUUACUUCCUCAUCGAGUGUUGGGAUCAUGUUAGUAGUAUGAGGAGCAUGUUGAGUGACAGAAGGCUGAGGACAGGCAGUGGCUGAUGUUUGUGUUGUCUAGAAAUACAUCUGCAGUUGUGGUAUUACUGGUUAAGAUGUCAAAUGUUGAAACUAUUCAUGAAGCUCUCAUCAUGAAUGGAAUAGCAAAUUGAUCCUGUGCUAUUGACAAAAGUAUCAUGAGAUCUUGAUCAUCUAGGCUUAACUGCAACAUGUUUCUGUUGGGAAUUCUGUCGUCAGAGCUUCAGGAGCUUCACAGUCUGUUUUGAAUGAAAAUAUGUGAAAAUAUUAAUCCUAAAGCUGGGUUGUGAAUUAUCUUAUUGCUAAACAAUAAUAUUUUCCAUAUGAGAAUUUACAAGUAGUCAAGAAACUGUUGGAAUCUCACAAUCUCUUGAAUUCCAUACUGGACUGUUUAACUAGCCUUUUUUACCUUUUUGAAAGAAGAGAACUUUGGGAUAUUCAUUCAAUCCUGUGUCUGCCUGCACUGGUGGUUGUUAUCAUUGUAGAUAAAAAACCAUAUGAAUAAGAGCAUUAUAUUACACCUCUGUGAUAAGGCAGGACCAAGCUGUGUACACAGGAAUAAUUGAAAUUAUAUCAUCCUUGAUAACACCAGCUUGAGAUCAGCAACAUGAGGUUAUGGCGUAAGUGGUGCAGAUCCCGUCUGCUUUUUGUGAGUGGCAUUGCUGUGACUUUAUACUUGACACUUACAUUUGUGACAUUAAAUUUGAAAACAGAAGAAAAGGUAGCUCUCCCAGUUGAAGAUUACAAAGUCGCCAACAAUGAUGGCCAUGGUGAACAUGGAGAUGGAAAACCCAAAGCUGCUGCACAAAUUGGGAAUGAAAAUAAUGGCAGAGCUCAAGUGGACAGUGUCAAAGAUUUACAUUUGGAUUCAAAAACUUGCAAAGAAAAACACAACUUUGUGUUCAUCAAGUGCAUGAAAUGUGCGACGGAAACCAUGGCAACGAUUAUUCGUCGGUUUGGUUACACCCGAAAUCUUUCUUUUGUGACACCAGUGAGUAAUAAGUUGUAUCUCGGCUGGCCAUAUUUGAUGACAGAGUAUGACAUUCGUCCAUCUAGUCGUGGUUAUAACAUCAUCAUGGAACAUUCAAUCUACAAUAAGACUAUCAUGCAGAAACUCAUGCCGAAAGAUACUCUGUAUAUCUCAAUCAUACGGGAACCAUUCAGUCAUGUCAAGUCAACGAUAAACUAUUUCAAGGUGCUGCAGAUUUUAGACAUUACAAGUAAAAAUGGAUUAAGCGAAUAUUUACAUAAUUUAGAAAAAUAUGAAGUUAUUUAUAAAAGUCCCGAAAAGCAUCAACCCCGAUUUUGUAUCCCUGAUGGGUUUUCAAUGACGAAGAACCUGAUGUCUCAUUGUCAUGGGAUGCCGUUGGGUUUUCCUCCAGGUAGGGACGACAUAUCGGGGGACCCUGCCGCAGUUGACCAGUACAUACAGGACCUGGGGAAGGAGUUCUACUUCAUGAUGCUUGUCGAAUAUUUUCAUGAAUCUCUUGUACUGUUGAAGCGUAAAAUGUGCUGGACAUUUCAGGAUAUUCUCUACAAGUCUGUCAACACUGGUAACUAUACUUACAAGGACACACAACCUGAUCCAGAGUUGGUGGCCAUUUACAAGAAGUGGAGUCCUGUGGAUUACAAGCUUUAUGAUUAUUUUAACAGAACAUUCUGGCAAACUGUUGACAAGCAGAGUAAUGAUUUCUUUGAUGAAGUGGCUGCAUUUGACCAAGUACAGAAACGAGUUAGUUCCUUCUGUGACUAUGGAGGGCUGAAUCUCUUGAAGAUCGAGACGGCAGGUGGAGUCCAGGGUUUAGCAUGGUCAGACAUGACUGUAAGAUGUUGUGGCCAGACUUACUCAGACGGAUCCAAGCACGUCAUAAUAAUGACGAGAAGGUACUGCUAAAGAAGGAACAUAUGGCAGGCAGUUAUCUCCAUAAGCCUCAAGCAUUGUGCUAGUCUUAAUCAAUGUGUUUUAGUAUUGUGCUGGUCUUUAGUAAACAUAGAGUUAGCUUUCUUUUAGUAUUGUGUUAUUGUGAUGGUCUUGGUUCAACAUUGUGUGAAAUUUGUCGUGGUGUUCACCGCCAUGAUAUUGCUGGAAUAUUGCUAAAAAUGGUGUAAAACUAAACUCACUCACUCACGGUGUUCGUCUUUGUUCAGGUUUUAUGAUUCGACAUGAAAAAGUUAGGUAACAUGAAUAGUUUUUAUGGUGAUUUUAUGAAGUUGUGUGCACAGUGUUCACUACAAAAAAUAUUCCCUAAGUGUUUAUGAUCCUUAACAUUUUUUGUUGAGUAUAUAAAGUGAAAUCUUGUUAA